UGUUUUUUGAUACCUGUAAACAAGGUACAUGACAUGCCCUGGCAGUAAGUCUAUAAGUGUCCUUGGAAAACAUCUUGUCCUCAGAGGAGAGAAAGAAGUUGUCACUAGAAAAGCUGAACAGAGAAGGAAAGGAAGACGUGUGCUGAUGGGGCUGGACUCAUCCUCCUAUCUCUCCCUUUUGGGUCUAUGGGUUGUCUUCCUUUUUCAACCAGCCUCAGCCGCACCUCCCAGCUGCCCCAGUGGUUGGCUGGCUCACAAGAAAAGCUGUUUUGGCUUCUUCACCAUCCCAAUGUCUUGGGAGGAGGCAGAGGCGGAAUGCCAGAAGUUUGGACCAAGUGGGCAUCUGGCUUCAAUUCAUGAUCAGGAAGAGACAAAACUCGUCGGAUCAUAUAUUUUCAAGAAUUAUAGGUUUGGUAAUAAUAUCUGGAUAGGAUUGCAAGACGACAGAGCAAGUUACACAACACAUAAGCGACAGUUCGUUUGGAGCGACAAAAGCCCCGUCCGGCACAUGUCCUGGGGACCCGCAGAACCCAACGCUGAUGGGGAGAAGGAGUUCUGUGUGGGCUUGAUGCCAGUUGAUGGUGAGGAACAUUUCCAAAAUCUAGUUCUCUAA